GGCAUGAAGUUUUUCCUCCAAUAUGUGGGCUUCUUUUGUGCUUUUUUCUCUGCUGCGUUUUUGAUAAUAUCUACCUGGACAGACUGCUGGAUGGUGAAUGCUGAUGACUCCCUGGAGGUGAGUACAAAAUGCCGUGGCCUGUGGUGGGAAUGUGUCACAAACGUUUUUGAUGGGAUCCAAACUUGUGAUGAGUACGACUCCAUCUACGCCGAGCAUUCUGUAAAACUGGUGCUGACCCGAGCCAUGAUGAUAACAGCAGACCUCCUGUCAGGAUUUGGAUUUCUCUUCCUGGUCCUGGGACUGGACUGUGUGAAAUUCCUUCCUGAUGAGCCGCUCAUCAAGCUGCGCAUCUGCCUGGUGGCUGGGGUUAUGUUGCUCCUUGCAGGUCUCCCUGGCAUCACGGGCUCUGUGUGGUACGCCGUGGAUGUCUACGUGGAGCGCUCCUCUCUGCUCUUCCACAACAUCUUCCUGGGCAUCCAGUACAAGUUUGGUUGGUCCUGCUGGCUUGGCAUGGCGGGGUCACUUGGCUGCUUCUUGUCUGGGUCCCUGCUCACGUGCUGCAUGUAUCUCUUCAGAGAGACCAGUUCUGGAAGAUUCCAUUCUUCCUACUCCUUGAGGAAAGGCUAUUCCUCAGCUGCCACUGUCGUAACAAACGUGCAUUUGCCAUCCUCACAGACAGCCACCUCCAAAAUGUAUGCAGUGGACACAAGGGUGUGA